GUGAGCCACACCAACAGGGCUCAAGGAAUAACACAGACUCCAUGUCAGCUGUUCAGGUUAAGGGGUUUUCACAUUAGUGAGACGUUUGAUGUGCGAGGGCAGAGAGCAGGAUAUUUUGGUGCAAAUUGCGGAAGUGAUUUUAGAAUCAUAAGUUGGGUGGAGAUGUGUGUUGAGUUGAAGUGAGAAAAAGUGGGUGUUUUCUGUUAAAGAGGAAGUUCAGGGACAAAAAUGGAGGAGCACCGUUCUGUCAACUUUAUGAGACUCUUAUCAGAUGAGAGCACUCACUCAACGCUGUCGCUGGACUCCUGUGAGUACUACCAGACAGAGAUAUUUGAUCAGCUGCCCAGCAUCCAGGCUUGCCGACCUGGGUCGAGCAUACAGGAUAUUUUGGAAGCCUCCGAGGCUCAGGGUAGCACAGAGCCGGGGGAGAAGCCCAGCAAUGGCCCCCCGUCCAAAGGAUCCAGAGACAAGGAGUCAAUGCACCCGCUUCGGAACCUGCCUAUGUGUAUUAAGGCAAAGAGAGGAGCCAGGGUCAGGAGGAAGAUGCAAAUCAGCAACAUUGGUUUUUGGGAGUCCUGGAGGCGGAGCCAGAGCAUCAACAGGAAGAGGGUGUGGGCGCAGAUGGGAGGAGCUCUGACUGGCCUGUUGCCAUGGCAGCAAACUCUUAGCUUCAUUGAAGGCAGGUUUGGAGUCGGCGUGAAGGCCUACUUUGUUUUCCUCAGAUACUUGAUUUACUUGAACGUGCUUCAUUGUGCUCUUAUCUCGGGUUUUAUUCUGGGGCCUUCAUCGUUUUAUGGCAGGGGCAACAGCAGUGAACCUUUGAAGUUCGGCGGCAAUGAUUCCGUUUUAGAUUUCUUCCAGGGAUCGGGCUUUGUGGAUCGUUCUCCUGUCUUCUUUGGUUUUUAUACUCGUGGGUCCCUGAAUUUCCCUUGCUUGAACACGCCCCUGCUUUACUUUGCUGGGAUCCUCACCAUCCUCUUUCUCAGUCUCAUCAUGGUGGUCCGCAGAACAGCAGUUGGCUUCAAGCACAGGUGGAUGCUCGGGAGGCGCUACACUAUGAAUGUUAGCUAUAAGGUCUUCUGUGGCUGGGACUUCACCAUCCUGGACCCUGCUGCAGCGACUCUCAAACACAGCUUCAUCAAGAACGAUCUCAAGCUCUUCCUGGAGGAGCAGAGUUUCUCACUGCGAGAGGCUCAGAGGACUUUUAGUCAAAGGAUACGUCUCUACCUGCUCAGGUUCUUCUUGAACAUGGUCAUUCUGUCUCUGCUGGGUGGAGCCUUCUACCUCAUCUUCUUUGCUACAGAGAUGUCACUGAAAGAUAGUGGGUACCACUGGUUGGUCAGUCUGUUCCUCCAGUAUCUUCCUCCCAUCACCAUCACCUUUGUCAACCUGCUGCUUCCCAUCUUCUUCCAUAAGAUCUCCCCUUUUGAAGAUUACUCUAUCACCACACAGGUGAACACCACGCUUGUGAGGAGCAUCUUCUUGAGGCUGGCCUCACUGGGGAUCUACUUAUUUUUCCUCUUCAACCCUGCAAAAGGGCCUAAACAACCACCGUGCUGGGAGAACCACUUUGGCAGAGAGAUGUACAAGCUGUCUAUUUUCAAUUUCCUCGCCACCUUCUGCAACACCUUCCUGUUUGACUACCCCAGGAAGCUGGUGCAGGAGAAGUACCCCACAUCCUUGCUGGCCCGGUUGUCGGAUAAACAACUAUUCUUGAUCCCUGUCAAUGUGCUGGAUCUGGUGUACAGUCAGACUGUGUCCUGGGUGGGCAUCUACUACUGCCCUCUGCUGCCUCUGAUAGGAACUGUCACACUGGUGGCCAUGUUCUACAUCAAAAAGGUCUGGAACAGAACAGUUACUCUACACAUGAGCUCUCUGGCAAGUUUGUUCAUCAAGAUAAGUAUGCCAGGGGUCUAUAGCCAAACUAUUUCCACUACUUCAUAUCUUUCUUUCGGUGGAUCAAUGAAUCCUCACCCAGUCCUGACUGGCCCUCACAUGGCCUACCUCGGCUCGAGGGUAGCUUUCUGGUGUAUUGCACACAACUCCUCUCCACCAGUCACCUAUCAGCUGAUAAGAAACAGUAGUAUCCCAAUCGCCACAGGCACGGAUCUCCAAGGUGACCAACCUGCAUCAUUCUUCCUGAAGGUCACUGCAACAUCAGAGGGGUUGUACCACUGCAAUGCAACAGCUGAAGGAAGCACAGGAGUCAGCAACAUCCUCACGCUGAGUGUUGUCAUUCCAGCAUCAAAUACCAGAGUGACCUCUGAACCUUCCCCCCCAGUCGCAUACGAGGGAUCACGCAUCGUCCUGAAAUGCACCGUCACAAGAGGCUCCCACCUGUCCUACACCUGGUUUUUCAACAGGAAGGAGAUAACAUCUUUAACCUCUCCUCUUUUCCACCUCACUGGUAACGAGCUGGUGAUGGAGCAGGCGACUCCAGAGCAUGCUGGGCACUACUCCUGCGUGGCCUCAUCCAUGGUUCAGGACAUCAGGAGGUUUUCCAGCAGCACUGAGGUCAAGGUGACAGUCAAAGCUUAUGUAUCAAAGCCAAAGAUCUCCUUCUCCAUCAUCAGCAAGGGAGACGGUUACCAAGGCAACAUCACCUGCUGGUCAACAAGAGGGAGCCAUCCGGUCAACUUCUCUGUCUCAGUAAAUGACGAAGAGGUCAGAUCCCUCACAGUAAACGAAUCCCUCACUGUCUGGUUCCUGGUCCACGUGGUACUAGGGCAGGACAUGGGCGUGGCGCGAUGCUGGGUGAAAACGGAGGCGCAGGAGCUGAUGAGUGAACCUGUGACUCUGGAAGUGGUCCCAGUUGGAGGUGAGGUGAAAGCAGAGGUGGAAUAUCUCUACAGAGCCGACUCCAAGCGUGCCGCCGCCGCCAAGCUGAGGUGCAUGUUCAGCAGAGGAACCUUCCCUCACAUCUCCUGGCUCUUGAACGACUCUGUCCUUCCCUCCGAAACACAUGAGGACCUCCAGUCUUGGGCUAACCUCCCUCAUGUUGCCCUCGCCAAUCGCAGUCAGACACUUGUCCUCACUAAGCUCGCCUCAGAGGAGUCUGGGAAUUACCGCUGCAGGGUCAGGGACAGCUAUAAUGACUCCGGGCCCUGGGUGGAGAGUGGAGAUGUGCUGGUCCAAGUCACAGACAGGAUCCUGAACUCCAUGCCUCGAGCAACAUCUUCCACUGAAACACCACCAAAGGUUUUCAUGACCACUACAGAGAACAUCGCCAUAGCCUUCUGCUGCUUCCUUUUUCUCAUGUUGACAGCUGGCGUGGCCUGUGUUUACAGGAUGUUUGACCACAACCAAGCUCAAGCCCACAUUGCUGUGACAAAUUCUGAUGCACUUCCUCUGUCUGUGCCCUCGUCCCAGUCCUGUGCAAACUGUGAUGUCCUGAGUCAGACCAUAGAGAUCACAGUAUGACACAGCAUGAAGUUCCUGCUCCUCUCAACUCAUCACAUUCAUCACUUUGUCCAAAUAUUUCAUUUUGAUAUUGUAGCUUUUUUGUUCUCUACUGCAUUUGAUACUUUU